AUGCCGUUUAAUAAACGGACUGUUGAACCAAUUUAUUUGAGUCAAGUACAAAUUCCAAAAGAUAUUCCAAAUGAACUUGAAUGUGUUGCUAAUCAUACUUUUGCAAAUGUCAUUCGACAAUUAAGUUCAUUGAGUGCUCAUGUACAAGAUCUUUUCGAUGAAUUAAUAGCUGAUGCUGGACAUAUAUUUCAACGUACAGAAGCAUUACAUGGACGAAUUGAAAGACUUAAACAUAAAGUAACAGAAUUAGAUUCAAAUAUUGAUGAAGUAACUAUUCAAGAUGUUAACAAUCGAAAACCAUUUGUUAGUGUUACUCGGAUUGAUCAACAAGUGGUUAAUCGUGCAACAAUGCCGAAAUCCCUUCAUUUUCUCUAUGAACAAGCUGAACCAGCACCUGCACUUCAUCUACUAAAUCCUUAUCGUGAUGAUGGUCGUGAUUCAAUGAAAUUUUAUACAGAUCCUUCUUUCUUUUUUAAUCUAUGGAUGCAAUCAAUGAUACAAUCUCCACAACAUCAUCAUCAUCAUGGUCAUCGAUCUGGUAAAAGUGAACGACAUCGAUCACCGAAAGGAUAUCAACAACAACAAAUACAUUAUCAAGAAUCUAUCUAUGCUACAAAUCCAAUAUCAUCUUCACAAUCUCGUCUUAUUCGACAGACAUCUGAAGAACAACAACAAUAUCGAAGUCCUCAAGAAUUUAUACGUCAUCAAAAUGGUUUCGAUCGUUUAGCUCAUGGAACUGUUCGAUCACAAUCAAAUUAUCCAAAUAAUAAUCAUCGACAUUAUAAUUCAGAUUUAGUGCAAUAUGGUAGUCCAACUUUAUCAUCAUCGUCAUCUGCACGUGAACAACAAUCAAUAACAAUAAAUUUUAGUACUAGUACACCAGAAGCAUCAUCCCAUGGUCUAAAUGGAUAUAGUACAGAACAAUCACCUCGACUUACAAUUCAUUCGCCAGCUAUUAAUCGAUACGCUCCAACAACACCACCACCACCUCCGCCACCACCAUUGUUGUCUCAAUUUGAACCAACAAAUCAUAUGUCACAACAUUUAAUAAUGAAACAAACAAUUACUAGACCAUCUGCUAGUCCUCCGCCACCACCAUUACCACCACCGCCACCUCCUCCACCAAAUAUGGGUAUGGCUACAUUAGCAACUAUUUCUGAACUUGAUAGUUUACCUCCACCACCAGCCGAUUUUAUCGAACAAUCUCCGUCACCGCCUCCGCCACCACCACCUCCUCCACUUCUGAUGUCAUCGAAUAUUCCUCAUGCACCACCUCUACCAAAUACAACAAUUCAAUCACUUGUUAUGCGACCUUUAUCGACAAAUGUACCAACAGCAGUUAAAAAUAGUUCAGAUAAUAACAAUGUUUCUAUUACAUCAGAAACAUUAAUUCAAGAUAAACGUCCCUAUAUUAAUCGAGAUCUUCAUUCUGAUUUAUUAGACGAAAUUAAAAAAGGUAUUCAACUAAAUAAUCGUAAGAAAGAAGAAGAAAAGAAAGCUGUAGUAUCAACAAAAACAACAUCACUUAAUGUUAUGGCAAUUAUGGAACAAGCGGCUAAAUAUCGUCGUGAUAAGAUCCGGCCAGAAUCUGAAUCAGAAAAUGAUGAUGAAUCAUCACGAUGGGAUGAUAGUGAAUAA